GAGGAUUCGUUUAAUACUUAAUUUGGUAAGAUUCGGAAAUCCUGAAGCAAGUUAUUGCUCUGCGCCGUUAUCGCCUCGCGCCCUUUUGGGUCUUUUUUGGGCUGUCCCUGUUUUCCUUCUUUUUGUCCCUUUAUUUUUCUUCAUUUUUCUACUUUUAGAAAUGUCUAAUGUUUAUUUUGAAGAUCUUUUUACUGUCAAAAACGUCGAUCCGGAUGGAAAGAAGUUUGACCGUGUUAGCAGAUUGUUCUGUGACUCCGAAUCGUUUAAAAUGGAUCUGAUUUUGGAUGUCAACACUCAACUAUACCAGCUUGGUAUCAACGACAAGUUUCGUCUUAUGCUGUGCUCGUCAAUGCGCGAUGAUGGUCUUACAGAUGAAGGAGAAUAUGAUAAAACGGUGAGAAUUGAAUAACGGUCCUUUUCCUGGGGAAAAUUAGCUUUGAAGAACAAAAAUCGGCCUAUCCGCAGGUCUUGCUGUUAAUCAGUUAUCCACAGGUCUUCAGCUAUCCUCAGGUGCAGUUGAAGUGGUCCUCAAAGUUGUGACCACUCUGAAGUGGUCAUAUUUCAUGUGUAGUCAUUAUUCGCUCCAAACAUUGCUUGGGUUCGAGACCGGCGAGACUUGGGUUCGAGACCCUCAUUAUAAACUAAAAAGUGCCAACAAGCUAAUGG